AUGGUGGAGGCAGAUCGUCCAGGGAAGCUAUUUGUAGGAGGCCUCAAUGUAGCCAUCAAUGAAAAGAUUCUUGAAGCAAUGUUUGGGAAAUAUGGCCCUAUAGCAGAAGUUCUUCUGAUCAAGGAUCGAGAAACUAACAAGUCCAGAGGCUUUGCUUUCAUUACUUUUGAAAACCCUGCAGAUGCUAAGGAUGCUUCCAAAGACAUGAAUGGAAAGUCUUUGGAUGGAAAAACUAUUAAAGUAGAACAAGCCAACAAACCAUCUUUUGAAAGUGUUGGGACACGAAGACCACAACCUCCUAGAAACAGAGGUCCUAUAAGAAAUAUGAAAAAUGGAAAGGGAACGAGUGGAGGAACAAGACACUUGGAUAAAAAACAUGGUCACCACUAUGAUGGAGGCUACACUUAUAAUGUCAACAUGAGUUCUUCUAGGGGACCCUUUCCAGUUAAAAGAGGUCCAUCUUCAAGAAGUGGAGGUCCUCCUCCUAAAAGAUCUGCUCCUUCUGUUCCAGCAAGAAGCAAUAGUGCAGUGAGAGGACGAGGUCCUGAAUCACGUGGGAGAGAGAAUUAUGGAGAUCUACCGCGUAGAAAGCCAGUGUCUUCACGGAGAGAUUAUUAUGUGUCACCAAGAGGUGGUGGUUAUGCUGCAAAAGAUAGUUACAGAGAUUAUCCAGGCUCCCAAGAUGCCAAGGAUUAUGGUCCUCCAUCUAGAGACGUUGUGUGCCAUGAUUAUGGCCAUUCUAGUUCUCGGGAUGAACAUUUCUCUAGAGGAUAUAGUGACCGUGGUGGCUAUGGUCGCAAUAGAGAUUAUUCUGAACAUCCAGGUAGAGGCUUUUAUAGAGAUGCAUUUGACAAUUAUGGGAAUUCCCGUGGCAUACCACCUGCACGAGGGCCUCCACUGACUUACAGUGGAAACAGUCGUUACGAAGAUUAUAACAGUACACGAGAUGGAUAUGGUGGAAAUCGGGAAAGUUACUCAAGCAGUCGAAGUGACAUGUAUCCAACUGGUCGUGCACGCGGUAGCAGACAGGAACGAGGGUUCCCACCUUCUCUGGACAGGGUGUACGACGUUCCUCAUGGAUCAUCUGGUAGUUCAAGUUGUGGGGCUUCUAGAGGCAGUCACGGGGGAGGCCAAUCUGAAAGAGGAGGACGAAGAAGAUACUAA